GUAAUACUCAGCUAAGUAAAAACCGCGCUGGCCCUUUAAUUCCACGUGACUUGCUUCCGGUCACGGUUUGAUUUGCGUUUCCUCUGGCAAAUCAAAUAUUCAGAUUUACCCUGGUCCUCGCAAAAGUAGCAAGUUUAGCCAAUCAGGUUUUUUCUUUGUCCCGGUGGGCAGGGGUUUCCAGACUGACAAAGUGAGCGUAGUCACUUUAUAACCCCCAACACGUCAAUGAAGUUGGUAGAUAGGAGAGCAGUUAGCGUGAAGAUUUCUCUCCAAUCUCAUUGUUUAUCGGUUCCUAGCGCUAUGUUAAUGUUAACUUAGAAUAACUCUUUCUAAAGUCUCACACGUUCACACCAGACACUUGACUGUUAACAAAGCGAACUUUAUUGGGGACUUUUUGAGUGUUUUUCAUAAUGGAGGAUCGGAAGGAAGAGAACGAGGCAGAGAUUCAAGAACACGGACCGGAGCAUUGGUUUUCAAACUGGGAGAGGCAGUGCCUCGCCGAGGCCGACCAAGGAGAGCCGAGCGAAGAGGAGGUCGACCAAAACCGAGAAAAACUCUGGCAUAUGUUUCAAAAUUCGGCUACCGCGGUAGCGCAGCUUUAUAAAGAUCGAGUUUGCCAUCAACAAGGACUGUCCCUGUGGGCGCCGUUUCAGAAUGCAGCAACAGCCGUCACCAAUCUGUACAAAGAAAGCGUGGAUGCACAUCAGCGUAGCUACGAGCUUGGGAUCCAGACGGGUCAACAGAGACGCAACAAGGAAAUGUUGGCCUGGGUAAAGAAGCGAAGGAGGACCAUCCGGAGAGAGGAUUUGAUCAGCUUCCUGUGUGGCAAAACGCCGCCUCCGAGGGUCUCCAGAGCCACACCCAGAAUCCCACCCAACCGGCCGCCUUCGUCAGAUACGGUCUCCUCUGUGGAAACAGACCUGCAGCCUUUCCGCGAAGCCAUUGCACUGCACGGUCUGAGCGGCGCGAUGGCCAGCAUCAGUGUGCGUUCCGGUACUCCGGGUUCUCCCACCCACGUGAGCGGCGGCUCAAACCCAGGCCGCAGGAGAAACGGCCUCCAUGACGUCGACUUGAACACUUUUAUAGCGGAGGAGAUGGCGCUGCACCUGGAGAAUGGCAGCGGCAGGAAGCGCACGAGCGCCCAGUGCAGCGACGUCAUCACGGACUCGCCGACCCACAAACGCAACAGGACGAUCUGAGCUCGAGAACACACACACACACACACGUGCUGCUCGAAAAUAAAGCCACUUAAUCCUCAGUAUGUUUCUGUUCCAGUUUGAAAGGAAGCCAUCAAACGUGUAACGAACGCAGAUGCUGUUGUACCUCGACGUUCACGUUAUUUCACUGAUUUUGCCACAUGAUGAUUAACACGUAGACGCUGAUGGGUUAAAAAAGGGACACAUCACCCGAAAAUGCUCACUUAGUGCUGAUCAGCUAGCUUUAACACGUGACAGAUUUUUAUGUAGAACCGAAAAUCCAGGGGGUGGAGCCAGACCUGAUCCAACUCCUCUAACCCCUAAACCAACAACACAUUUAGAAUGUUGAAUUGUCUCUGCCCAGGUAGUAGCAGCUGGAUAAGGUCUGACUCCACCCUCUGGAUAUUUUUUUUCUGCAGUGAAGGAUACUUGCUGCUUUUUCACCUCUCGACCAACACUGAGGACAAGCUGGCGUUGAGGGGGGAAAAUAGAAGCAGAUUUUUGACGUCGAAUUUAAAAUAUUUCAUCGCCAACUGAUAUUUUUGGGUGAGGUUCUCUGCCAAAUGCUGCCAUAAUCAACAAACGAUAGUGACUGUGCAUUAUAUAUAACAGUAUUGCCACUUUAUUCACAUGGAGCGUUCCGGAGUUUCUAGGAUUUGAAUGGUUUAUUUGUUACAAAAGCCACGUUAAUAUAUAUAUUUAAUGUAUAUUAUUUGAAUUGUUUUGCCUUCAUCUUGCUUUUCAUCGCACAUCAUGACGUUUUUAUUAUUUUCUGUUGAACAUACAGUCUCUAGGGGGGGAAAAAAAACUAGUGUUGUGGAGAUCGUACCUUUUAACGUGUGGAGGAAAUGUGGAUAUAGUCUACCUUUUUAAAACAAUAAGAUUGACCAUUUCAAGCUUUCAGUAUAUGCUUUAUUCACAUUACCGCAUAAAGAUGCAUAUUAUAGGUAUGCCCUCGAUUGAAUACGACGCCAGCGACAAGGAAAUGUACAGUUUAGUACCCCCCCCCCUUUUUUAAAUUUAAAUUUUUUUUUAAAUUCUUUUUUUUUUCCCCUCGGGAGUGUAUGGAGAGCAUUAAUUCAAUUCAAAGCUGCUGCUUCUUUGGAUGUGAUUCGGUUGCAAUAAAAUAACAUUGAGCUUAUUAACGUUCGUACAUCUUUUACAUUUUUUUUUCUUUCUUUCGUUCUUUUUGUGCAAUGACUAAAGGGUCUGUGGCUCAAAAUUAUGUUGAAGAGGAAACUUUAUUGCUGAUGUACUUGAAAUGAAAGAAACCUGUGUUUCUUAAAGGACACCUUGUAAGGAUGUGAUUCUAGGAAAUAAAGUGAACAAAACAAACAGAUUUUUACACCUGAUCUGGAAUAUUGACCAUGUACCUUUACACACCACUCACACUUAACAUUUAUACUGUAUUAAUGAUUUAAUACAGAAGUCUUUGGAUUAGAGUUUUAAAGGUUAUCAUUAUUGAUUUAGAUUUUAUGAUGAGAGACAAUGAAGCAGAUUUUGGUAUCUAAGUAGGUAAAUGUUUUGAAUUGUUGGUGUUUGAAAAAUGUUGAAAAAAAUGUUUCAAUCCCAAAUGACAUGACCACAUGACCGUCACGACUCUUUCUCCUUUCUUUCUACUUUUCAUCGUCUAACGUUACAAAACACUACCUUUCCCAGGUUAUGUAGGAUCCACUAACCCUUUAUUUCCAUUUUUCCAUAAAAUGAAAAAACUGAUUAAAAAAAAUAAAGAUUUUCGUCCCUGAAAACGACUCGGUUACAGUUUGACUUUGUUGUAUGUACAAAAACCCCCCAAAAAAACAAAAAUGUGAAGUUUACAGCAUUCUGCCACAGAAAUGUUAGUAAAUUAUUUGCUGAAAUAAAACAAAAUGUCUUAA